AUGGCUUUGUCAACUACCAACCCUUUCCCUUCCUUCCCUUUGACCGGAAUCGAGUUUCCUACUACUCCCCUCGUGUUAGCUUCUUACUAUCACGCAAAAAAAUAUUCGAGCCAAGGGGUCUUGAACCACGUUCUACGAAGUGCAGCCUUUUGCCUUCUUCUCCAGAAGAAGAUGCCCGAAUUUGCCAAGCUGGGCGAUGAGCUUGAUGCUGAGCUUGUUGUCGUGAGCUGUCUACUCCAUGAUCUCGCCUGGUCCAAGACAAAGGAGAUUUUGACGCACUCCAGACGUUUUGAGGUCGAUGGUGCCAACCUCGCUCGUGACUUCAUCGACGCACACCCUGAGAAAGAUAGUAACUGGGACAGGAAAGGUCGCCGCAUGCAGUUGGCCUGGGAUGCCAUUGCAUUGCAUACGAUGGAGGUUUUUGCGCCCUGGAAAGAGCCUGAAGUCGCACUUGUCCACUAUGGCAUUCAUGGCGACCUCCUUGGACCGAGCCUGCACCUCCUUGGGCUGCCGGAGGACCUGCCGAACUUGAACGGAGUCAUGGCGGAUGAAGAGUUCAAGGAAAUUUGCAACGCGUUUCCUCGCAACCACUUUGCCGAUGAGUUUAAGGAGAUCUUCUGCGGUUUGUGCAGGGACAGGGGCCGCUACACAUUCGACAGCACCGUUGUGCACUACGGAAUGGAAUGGGGCUAUGAUGGUAAUGGCAUUGGAAAGGAGGAGUUCAACAAGAUGGUGGAGGGUACUCAACGCGCCAAGAAUUUGUACAAGGUGAUGACUUCCAUUGAUAAGCUUGCUGAUGAGGCUUAA